GGUCCCCAUCAAUCGACCCAAGUCAACCUUGACAACAUCCACCCGCGACUUGCGGAUAGCCCACGAUGGACCUCGAUAUGUUGCAGACUCGCUUAGGCGAGAUUGCUCGCGCAACAUCUUCGAAUUUUCAAAAGCUGCCCGGCUCAGCUAUGAUCGUACGAUAUAUCCAAUCCAGCUACCAGAAUGAUCCCGUUCGAUCCGCUAUUGAAUUGGUCCUUGUGCUGUUCUUUAUCCGCUACCUUAUGUCGCCCUCAUACUCGACUCACAAGCAAAAUUUUGUCAAGCUGCAAGAAGGCGAGAUUGAAGAGUUAAUUGAUGAAUGGACUCCGGAGCCAAUUGUGGCCGAUCGAACGGCUGUAGAAGAGAUUGAGAAUGAGAGACUUCCGGUUAUCGUUGGACCGACUGGGCCGAAAGUCAAACUAUCCAACGGACGGACAGCCUUGAACUUGGCUUCGUAUAACUUCUAUAACUUCAAUUCCAACGAACAGAUCAAGGAGAAGGCCAUUCAAACUUUGCGCACGUAUGGUGUUGGCCCUUGUGGCCCUCCUCAGUUCUACGGCACACAGGAUGUUCAUGAAAAGGCAGAGUCGGAUAUCGCCUCAUACCUUGGCACAGAAGGCUGCAUUCUCUACGCACAAACAUUCUCGACUGCAACGAGUGUCAUUCCUACCUUUUGCAAGCGUCGCGACGUUAUCAUUGCCGAUGCUGCUGUCAAUUAUUCGAUUCGUAAAGGCCUAGAGAUUUCAAGAAGCAACGUCAAAUGGUUUAAACAUGGCGAUCUGGACGACCUCGAGAGGGUGCUCAAAGCGGUUGCAAAUGAACAGGCGAAAUCUGGUAAAUUAACUCGUCGAUUUGUCGUCACAGAGGGCUUUUUCGAAACAACCGGUGAUGUCACUAAUCUACCUCGGUUGGUUGAGUUGAAGGAAAAGUAUAAGAUCCGAAUCAUUCUUGACGAAACAUGGUCUUUUGGAGUGUUGGGACGAACAGGACGUGGCCUUACUGAGGCGCAGAAUGUAGAUCCACAACAGGUGGACAUGAUCAUUGGCUCGCUCGCAGGCCCCUUGUGUGCCGGAGGCGGAUUUUGCGCCGGAUCUAAAGAUGUGAUUGAGCAUCAGCGAAUCACCUCUUCUGCUUAUACUUUCUCUGCAGCCCUACCAGCCAUGUUGGCUAUGACUACAAGCGAAUCACUGAAGCUGCUACAGUCGAAUCCUGACAUUCUUGUUCAGUGCAGAGAGAGCAUUCGGGCCAUGAGAGCGCAACUUGAUCCACGUAGCGAUUGGGUCGUUUGCACCAGUUCGGCAGAUAAUCCUAUCUUGCUUCUGGUAAUCAAACCCGAAGUUGUCAAUGCAAAGAGAUGGACUGCCGAUGACCAAGAGAAACUCUUGAUGGAGUGCGUCGAAGAGUCACUGGCAAAUGGUGUUAUGAUCACACGACUGAAGACAAGGCCUUAUGUGAAUGCUAUAGCCGCUCCAAACGACUGGACACUCCAGCCAGCGCUUAAAAUCUGCGUUACUUCUGCGCUUUCCAAAAAGGAUAUCGAAAAAGCAGGUAUUACAAUUCGACACGCCAUUACGAAGAUAAUGCAAAAAAGAUCAAACAAGGCUAUCUAAUAUACGAUCUCCAGGAUCUCUUUAUAUACAUACACCUAUAUGUUUUUAAUUCUAGAAUAAGACAGGACUUUGCUUAGAACUUGGUGUUUAUUCCUACGGUAAUGCUAAUAAUUGUUAAUAACUCUCUAAUAAUAAUACAGUUAAUAUAUGUACAUCUUGCUUUGC